AUGGCCUCGCUGGGCCGCACUCAACCUCCACAGCAAGCACACACACCCACAUGCCCAUCUCCUCUACUCUCCCUUAACACAACCCCUAGUGACGGCCAACCAUCUUCUUCCCAGCUGUCGCAGCUGUUGCAGCCGCUGCAUUCGUUACAGUCAGCUAAAUACGGCGUCAAGCUGGAGGACAGCUUUGCACAUGAUAUAUUCUGUCGCACACUCGUUCCUUCCCUCUGGCUCGAUUCGUCUCUUGUUGUUUGCCAAGUAUCAGACAGCUUCCUAGAAGUCUCUGGCGGUUGCCGGCGCGAGCAGGUUGUCGGUCUGCAUACCGAUGAUCUCUUUGGCCAAAGGGUGAUUAUUCCUUCACUCGGCUCGGCUCGCGAGGCUAUUCGGUCCGCCCAGGAACUCAAGAAACCAUACGAGGUCGAGGACGUCCAGCCCGACGGAAAGACUAUCUGGACCAUCCGGGCAGUGCCCAUCUACCGCCAUGAUCAGUUGCGCUACGUUCAAAUGGAACUCAAGGACACCACCGCAGAGCAUCAGAGGUAUCUAGAUCUCGAAGAGCGCGUCUCGAUUAAUGAGACAUUCCGCAUCCUGGUUGAAACUGUCAAGGACUAUGCCAUAUUCAUGCUUGAUCCUCACGGCAACGUCGCCACCUGGAAUCAAGGAGCUCAGACGUUUAAAGGCUACGCGAAAGAGGAAAUUGUUGGAAAGCACUUUUCUAGCUUUUAUAGCCAAGAAGACUGCGAUAACGGCAAGCCCGCAAUGGAGCUAGAGACAGCUCUGCGCGAUGGCCGGGUGGAAGAUGAAGGUUGGCGCUACCGCAAAGAUGGUACCAGGUUCUGGGCAAACGUUGUCAUCACCCCCGUGUAUCGGGAGGGGACCCUCAUUGGGUUCGGCAAGGUCACUCGCGAUCUGACAGAGCGAAGGGCAGCUGAAGCCCGCCUCAUCACUGCGUAUGAGGAAGCUUCUAAAUUAAAGUCUGAAUUUCUGGCUAACAUGAGUCAUGAAAUUCGUACUCCUAUGCACGGCAUGUUAUCAGCUCUGACCCUGCUCUUGGACACCUCUCUGGACCCUAAUCAACUCGACCUAGCACGAAUCAUUGAAGAGUCUGGUAGUGUAUUGCUUCAGGUUAUUAAUGACAUCCUCGACUAUUCGAAACUAGCUAGCGGAUGUUUUUCAAUCAGUUCUGACAUCAUCAGCGUAUCUGAUAUUAUCCAAUCGGUGUUCCGAAGUUACCAGAAGAGCGAGCCUCCGACAAUUAGGCUUGAGAUUAAACUUGAUCCCAAACUUCCUAAAGCAGCGGAAGGUGACAGUCUUCGAUAUCGCCAGAUCGUGCAAAAUUUGAUGUCAAACGCUACGAAAUUCACCGACGAAGGAUAUGUUCGCGUAAAUGCAAAUUUGCAAGAAGAAAAUGAAGAUUCUUAUCUAAUACUCACAGAGGUCAUCGACACUGGGAUCGGCGUGCUAGAUGGAUCCCUCGGUUCUCUCUUCAUACCGUUUACACAAUUCGACAACUCAGCGACAAAACGAUACAAAGGAACUGGCUUGGGACUAUCGAUUUGCAAAGGCUUUGCGGAGCUUAUGGGUGGAAAUAUCGGCUUCCGCCCAAAUGCUGACCAUCGGGGAAGCAUCUUUUGGUUUACCGCGAGAUUAAAAAAAGUCAAACUCAAGCAUAUCAGUGUCUCGCAAGGCAAUUACGAAGUCACGGCUAUCAACUCAUCGAACUCUCCAUUAGAGGACAUGAAACUAGCAGCCGUUAAGAGAAGAGUCCUACUAGCAGAAGACAAUCAGAUCAACCAAAAGGUCAUGCUCAAAAUGCUAGCCGGCCUGGGAUUUGAUAACAUCGAUCUCGCCGCUGAUGGAAGAGAAGCUGUUAACAUGGCGGCAAAGCUUCCGCCCCCUUAUGAUGUUAUCCUGAUGGAUAUCAAUAUGCCAAUUCUUGAUGGAGUUGGCGCUACCAGGGAGAUCCGAAACGCUGGCGUCUGGACUCCAAUCGUUGCAAUGACUGCCAAUGCACUCAAAGGCCAGGCCGAAUUGUAUAUCGCAAAGGGAAUGAAUGACUACAUCUCAAAGCCCGUGGAUCGAAAUCUCCUGGUCAAGGCCUUAUUGAAUUGUUUGAAGCAUCAUGGACCAGAUCAAUGGCCGGCGCCUCUUGCGCUUUCCUUGAGCGGAAUUGAUCUAACAGAGCCAUCCACUGCUCUCAACCCCACCGAGUAGACAUUAAUGACGGCACAAAACGUGCGACCUGUAGUAGGCUCUACCGAGGGUUAAUAUCUCAUUUUAGAGUCUUGAAGCCACAGCCGACCGAAUUAACGUGCCACUCUGUAAUCCUUCCCUCUGGUAUUUAGUGAUCACGAUUUCUCAGAAAGAGGCUUCUAGUUUAAGCAUCAUUCUUGCGUAAAUUUGGAGAGCGGGCGUUUUGGCAAGGACAUUUUGGAAAGGGAUGAUACCAGGAUACACAAAUACCCCCGGUCGUGUUUAGUUCGACUCUUUUAUUAGACGUAGAGUUUAACAUAUUGAAUCGUUAGAAAGGAAGGGUGGUUACUAUCACUUAGCUGGACUCUAGGCCUUUAAAUCCAAAGAUGCUAAUUGCUG